GUGUGUAUGUGAGAAAAGGGGGUGAGGAAAGGAGCGAAGGCGUCAUGCUCCAUAAAGCUGCUGUGAUAGUUUGAGCAUACUAUUGCUUCCGACACACACUUCCAGCCGGACAGACAUUCACAUACUCCAGUAUGUGUCCAGUCCAGUCCCACUUGCUGCUGUGGAUUUGGUAUUGAGAGAGAGGACAGCAUGCUAGCUGCCGAGGCCUCCAGGGAAACCGUGAGGACUAAUGGGGAUUGUUUCACUCUGCAUUGUCCUUCACUUCUGGCUCGGCACUGUCGGAGGGACGUGUUCUCAAUUUAACGCUCUCUCCUGUGACGAGUGUCUGCAGCUGGGGCCACAGUGUGCCUGGUGCACACUACAGAAUUUCACUGACUCCUUCUCAAUCGACGAGAGAUGCGACACACCCGAGGUUCUUGUUCAGAAGGGAUGCUCCGGCGAAUUCGUGGAGUUCCCCGUCACGAACGUCAAAAUACUGAAGGAUCAAGGCUUAGGAAAGAGCGCCGGCCACACUAACGUUUCGUACAUCGCACCACAGAAGAUGCACCUCCAGCUUAGACCAGGAAGUCAGCUGAGCUUUCAGAUUCAAGUGCAGCAACCGGAGGACCAUCCGGUGGACAUUUAUUACCUGAUGGACCUGUCAGCGUCUAUGUUUGAUGAUCUGAAAAUGAUCAAAGACUUGGGCUCCACGCUUUCAAAAGAGAUGGCUAAGCUUACCAGCAAAUUCAGACUAGGAUUCGGUUCAUUUGUGGAGAAACCAGUUCUGCCUUUCAUCAAGAUAACACGUGAAGAGUUGGCCAAUCCCUGCAGGAGUGUUGAUUUUGAAUGUCUCCCCACAUUUGGAUACCGACACCUUCUGUCGUUAACAAGCAGUACUGACAAGUUCAAUGAGAUCAUCUCAAAGCAGCAGGUAUCGGCGAACAUCGACGUACCAGAGUGCGGUUUUGACGCCAUCAUGCAGGCAGCGGUGUGUGGGGACAGGAUUGGCUGGCGGAAUGAUUCCAUGAAGCUGUUGGUGUUCGUGAGCGAUGCAGAUUCUCAUUUUGGGAUGGAUAGUAAAAUGUCCGGCAUCGUUGUCCCCAAUGAUGGAGAGUGUCACUUGGAUGACAAUAAUGAGUAUUCCAUGACUGCCCAUCUGGAGUACCCAACAUUAGGGCAGCUUGUGGACAAACUGGUUGAAAACAAUAUCCUCCUUAUAUUCGCUGUGACUGAUAAUCAGAGGCAGAACUAUGAGAAUUAUGCAAGUCUGAUUCCUGGUGCUACUGUGGGGGUGUUGGCAUCCGAUUCAAGGAACAUUCUGGAACUCAUCAUGACCUCAUAUAAGGAACUGAGGUCAGAGAUCGAUCUGGAGGUGCUGGGCAACACUGAGGAUCUGCAGCUUUCCUUCACAGCACUCUGUCAGGAUGGGGCCAUCUUCACUGGACAUAAAAACUGCUCCAAUGUCAAAGCUGGUGAUGUGGUAUCUUUUAAUGUUACGAUCGAGUUAAAAGGCUGUCUUGCCGGUCCACGGCGGUUUUCCUUGCGGCCGGUGGGUUUCCAAGAUGCCCUGGAGAUCGAACUGGAGUCUCAGUGUGUGUGUGACUGUCAUCAAACUCCCGAAGCGAACAGCACCUUCUGUAGCCGAGGGCGUGGGGCGCUGGAGUGUGGCGCCUGUGUGUGCGAUCCAGGCUUCGUGGGGCCGAAGUGUGAGUGCACAGAGGGCCAAGAACAAAUCAGCAACUGCAGGGCGCAUGAAGGUUCAGAGAUGUGCAGCGGCCUGGGCGAGUGUUUCUGUGGACAGUGUGUGUGCCACCCGUCCAGUUUUGGACGCGUGUACGGACCGUACUGCGAGUGCGACGACUUUUCCUGCCUCAGGUUCAGAGGAGAGCUUUGUGGAGGUCACGGGGAAUGUGACUGUGGCGAGUGUGUGUGUCACAGCGGUUGGAUGGGAGAGUCCUGUAACUGCAGCACCAGCAACAGCUCAUGUGUGUCUCUGGAUGGAUCCAUCUGCAGCGGACGGGGCAAGUGUGUGUGUGGGAAGUGCGAGUGCACCGUUCCCGGAGCCUCAGGAGAGUGGUGCCAAAGGUGCCCAACCUGUGGAGAUAUCUGUAGCUUGCCCAGGUCUUGUGUGGAGUGUCACCUCAAAGCUAAAGACCCGCUGGACGAGUGUGCUGUGAAGUGCAACUCCCUACAUGCCACUGUCAGCAAUUCCACAGAUUUUGAGGAGAGUCGGGCGGCAUUGUGCACCUUACAGAAUGAGGACUACUGUCUUCUGUCAUUCAGCUUGGUGGACAGUGAUCACGGCAGCAUUAUUUACAACCCCAAGCUUUACGACUGCCCUGAGCCGCCAAACGCACUGUUGAUCGCUCUGGGGGUGUGCAUGUCUGUCCUCAUUAUUGGCAUUACUCUCCUUGUGAUCUGGAAGUUUCUUAUUUCUGUCCAUGACCGGAAAGAGGUUGCCAAGUUUGAGGCAGAGAAAGCGAAAGCAAAAUGGCAGUCGGGCACAAAUCCUCUUUUCAGGAGCUCGACAUCAACAUUUAAAAAUGUGACCUACAAAAGCGCAGGGCAGCAGAAGAGUGAUAUUUCUUAGGGCUACUGACCAACUUUGUGUGUUAAAACACAGAAUGCAGGCUUCUAUUUACCAGAAGCAAUUACUUUUUUUCUUUUCUUUUUUUAUGAUUUAUUUUCUUGUACUGUACAAGUGAGUGUGUGAGUGUGUGUGUGUGUAACUGUGUGCUUGUAAGGUGGGGGCAGGACUGUCAUACUGGCAGGGAAUUUAUUUUAAAAACUGUAAAUAAUUUACAGUGGGGGAAAUAUUUAUUUGAUCCCCUGCUGAUUUUGUAAGUUUGCCCCCUUACAAAGAAAUGAAGCGUCUUUA